UGGAAUCUUAACUUGAAAGAAAAGGUUUUUUAAACCGGUUUUAAUUUUGCUGAAUGAGGAAAACAAAGUUUCAAAAUUGCCGCCAUUUUCGUUGUCAAGGAAGAGAAGCAGCUUAGCAACGCGAUUUGGCCGCGCGCGCGCCUGGAACCUAAUGUCGUAAUUCAAACAGCCGUGGACCAUGUUGGCGGUCAUUAGACUCUUUUAUUUCAUCCAAAUCCAACAUGGCGGCCAUGUCUUUUGUCGGUUACAAGUGAUGCCAAAAACGACCCGUCAAUAUUGCUAUUACGUCAUCCAUCUGUUUGACGUCAUUAAGACUAAGAAAAUCUUUUAACCUUAUUUAGAUACAAAACAUGAUAACACUAGCAACCAAAAGCGAAAUAAAACCGCAUGUUCAGUUUGUUUCAUCGUGAAAUCGAAACGUGCACUGGAUCUCGGAGUGGAACGUAAAAAUGGAAUCUAUGAACGAAAACUAAGGUUUUAGGAUGAGGAAGUUGAUGAGACCUCUACUGGCAGCUUUGUGUGUGAGUGGAGGAGGUAUCUUAGGGGUGAUGCAUGAAAGAGAAGGCUACCGGUUCAGCAGCUACAAUCGCAAUCGUUUUGGUCAAGUGCUACACGCCAAGGUUGAAGGAUAUGAUGAAACAGAUGGGAAGAACAGAAGAAAUGUUAGCCCUGGCAUACCAGCUGCACAGUCCAAACUGCAAAAAGAAGACUUAGAGAGAAGAAGAAGAGAAAUAAUGAGAUUUGGGUAUCCAAGUUUAGAUAAUAUCAAAUAUAAGGACAAUUAUGUGUUGUCAUAUAACAGACGACUGCGGCAAGCCAACUGGGUCUGUGAACAUCUUAAUAAAGAUAUCAUUAGAAACCAAGAAGCGGAUAGAGCCAAGUGUGAUUUUGUGCAGGAUCAUGAAAUUCAUCCUCUUUUUAGAGCGACAAAUGAUGAUUUCAGGAAAACUGGCUACGACAGAGGACACCUUGCAGCUUCGGCAAAUCACAGAUUUUCUCAAGAUGUAAAUUGUCAGACUUUUUUUCUUAGCAACAUCAGCCCACAAGUUGGAUCAGGAUUCAAUAGAGACGCGUGGCAAAACCUUGAGAAGUAUGUCCGUAACCUUCCAACAACCUACAAAAAUGUCUUUGUUCUUACUGGGCCAUUAUUCCUACCCAAAUUUGAACAAGAUGGACACUUGUAUGUGAAAUAUAAGGUGAUUGGGAAAAACAAUGUUGCUGUUCCAACACACUUUUUUAAAGUCAUUCUUACAGAGUCAUAUCAAAACCAAUUUGAAAUACAGUCUUAUAUUCUUCCUAACAAACCAAUCAAUGAAAAAAUACCAUUAAACAAUUUCCAAGUUCCACUUGAACGAAUUGAAAAAGCAUCAGGGCUGUUGAUCUUCGAGAAACUUCCAAGGUCAAAGGUCAGGGAAGUAAGGCCUGUUGUUUGAAUAAUUACAAAAAUUAAUCAAGUCAGUGAAUGUUUAUAGAGUCAUAGAGUUUAGACUGAUGGAGACAUUAGAGUUCCUUGGGUCAAAGUUAAAUUAGGAAAGACAUAAUGUGAAUUACGAGGGAAAUUCUGGGUCAGCGGUCACAGAAGCUAAACUGGGACAAACGGGACGUCCUGUAAUCAAAGGUCAUCGAGGUUCAAAGUACAUGAUGAAUAACGAGGGAAAUCCUUUUGUCAGCGGUCACAAAGGUCGAAUUAUAGCACCCAGACAAACAUUGGACGUUUUGAUGUCUAAAGUCAUCUAGGUUCAAUUAAUAUAGUGAGUAACACGGAAAAUCCUUGGUCAGCGGUCAAAAAAGGCCAAAUCAUAGGACCCAGAUUAGACUGGUGACAUUGGACGUCUCGAGGUCAUCGAGAUCCAUCCAGAAAAAUCCUUGAGCAGUACCAGCAAGACUGGAGACCAAAGCAGCCCCAAGGCCAAAGAUUAUUGACAUGAGACGGGGGGAUAAUUUGAGGUCAGAGAAAAAUCGAAUGGUUGAAGAUUGAACGGUAGAUCUAACCAGGUGAUCUCGUUUUGACAGCCCAUCAAAAACCAGCCAAUCAUCGCGUAGGAAGAAAACUGAUCAGGCGGUCCAUCGAAAAAAAACAUGGCGACCGAAGUCAGAAUUUUUUUUUUCCGAAUCCUUACUUCCCUAGCUACGUCAUGGACUAGCAAUACAUUAAAAAUUCUACCUAUUCUUAUAACGAAUACCUUUGGGUCAAAUGGUGCGUUGUGGUUUCAAUUCUGUUAUGAAAUGAUCGUGAAAUGAUAGCUCUUUGUUCGCCGAUAAACAACUGAAACUAGGACCGCCUGAUCAACUACAAUAAUCCUUUGCGCGCGUUCCUCCAGAUCACCUGGAAAGAGUUAGGAUUGCCCCAGGUCAAAGGUCAGAGUACUACACUGAUAUAAAUAUAAAAAGCAAAUAUCUGGUAGAUAGGUCCAAAUGUUGAAAAAAGAGGAGGCUUUUAGUUGAAAGGUUGCCAAUAGUGUUAAUAUUGAUUACGACCCCCGAGCAAGGUCAAAGUUCAAGUCGCGAAAGUUCAAAGGUCAGACUUUUUACAUUUGAACAUUGCAUCUUUAUGUUGGUGGUAUUCAACAAAUGGUUCCUCAUGGACUUCCUUUGUCAAUAUCACCAGCCUUCAUUUCAUUUAACACUCUUGAAGAAGGAUGCAAACCAUCAUUUCCGGAAGCAAUAAAGCACUAUAUAAUGAGCAAAA